AUGGCUUCAGCGUCAGAUUCGAAACCGCAGGGCGAUGCGCACGCGACCUCAACGGCACUCCCAGCCCCUGUUGCCAACGAUGACCAGGCCAUGGCAAAGCGUGUGCUGCGCAAGAUCGAUUGGAGGUUACUGCCACUGAUGUUCAUCACAUACAAUUUCAAUUUCAUGGACAAGACUAUCUUGUCGAGCGCAAGUGUAUUUGGACUGAGGGAAGACACCAAUCUUCACGGUCAGCAAUACUCAUGGGUCAGCUCGGUCUUCUAUUUUGGCUAUUUCUUCUGGGAAUACCCCGCGACACUGCUUGUAGCACGCCUGCCAGUUGCUAAGUAUCUGGUCGUCAAUACUUUCUUUUGGGGCAUUGUCGUCGCUCUUACCGCGGCGUGCACCAACUACGGAGGACUCAUAACCCUUCGUUAUCUCCUUGGAGUCGCAGAAGCAAGUAUCACGCCAGCCUUCAUGUUCAUCACCACCAGCUGGUGGACUCGAGAUGAAGUUCCCACAAGAACAGGGAUCUGGUUUGCGGGUAACAGCAUUGGUGGCCUUGUCGCGAGUCUUAUGGCAUAUGGGGUGGGUCACAUUGAGCGCCCGUUGGCCCCGUGGCAAUGGAUGUACAUUAUCCUGGGUGUUGGGACAUUUCUCUGGUCAUUUGCCAUUUGGAUCUUCCUGCCAGAUCGAAUAUCAUCGGCCAAGUUCUUGACUCCCGAGGAGCGCCAAUUCGCGACCGACCGUGUCGUGGUAGCUGGGACUGGGUCUACUGAAAAGGUACCGUGGAAAUGGGAGCAGAUGCUGGAAUGCCUCAUCGAUCCAAAGACAUGGCUAACCUUUUCCAUUGCAUUGUUGACCCAAAUACCUAACGGGGGUAUUCAAAACUUCGGGAAUCUGGUCAUCAAGUCCUUUGGUUUUACCUCUUUGGAAUCAACUCUGAUCAACAUUCCCUCGUCAGUCAUUGCUGCAGGAACAAUUGCCGGUACGGGAUGGCUUGCAGGUCGUUUUCGCCAACUCAACUGCAUCUUGAUUGCAUGCGUCGUGCUCUGUGCCACCAUUGGCAACGCACUCAUAUAUGCAAGACCAGCAACAUCGAAGGGAGUGCAACUUUUUGGCUAUUUCUUGCAAUCCACUGGUCCUGCUGGAAUUCCUCUCACAAUGUCCUUGGUUCAAGCCAACUACAAAGGCGUCACGAAAAAGAUGACCGUCACAGCAAUUAUGUUCAUCGCGUAUGCGAGUGGUAAUAUCGCAGGCCCUCAAUUCUUCAGAACUAGUGAGGCGCCACACUACCAGACAGCGUUUCGGGCGAUUAUGAUUUGCUAUGCUCUGGUGGUUGGUCUCAGCUUAACAUUGAGGUUCUAUUUGCAAUUUGAGAACAGAAGACGUGAAAAGACAGAGGGUGUCAAGGGAAGUGCGGGCACAGGUGGAGUACUGGCAGAUGGCAAAGUUGUCGAGGUUGGAGAUAGAGAUAUUGGUGAAAUGGUGCGCGCCAUACAUCUGUCGGAGUCGGAUUACGACGAUGUCACAGACUGGAAGACCUUCGGUUUCCGUUAUCGUUUGUAG